AUGCCGUCACCGACGACACCUCGGUUCGCCGACCCCGCACGGCAUUCCGAAUCACAGCUCGAGCUGCCCAGACCCAUGGAUGACGCAACGACGCCGACGAGAGCCAGUUUUGGCAACGCGACGAUGACAGCGCAGAAGCCGCUACCGACGUCGCCCUUCCCUCAAGCUGUGCAAAUGCCCGACGCCUCUGACGUCCAGCUGCCGCGCAGGGAGAACUCGCAACACUCGAGGAAGUCGCGGGACUCUGAAGAUAUGCACAUGGACGACUCGGACGCCGAAACUGGUGGUGGCGACGAUGUUGGAUCGGAUGACGAAAGCGUCAACGCCGAUGGAUCGAGGUCGGGCAAAAAGAAGAAGUCACAGCGCUUUUACUGCACUGACUACCCUCCUUGCAACCUCAGUUUCACACGCAGCGAACACUUGGCGAGGCAUAUCAGACGCUUCUCACGAUUGGACAACCUGCGACAACACGCCCAGACCGUACACGUCAACGAGGACAUCCCCAUUGAUUCCCUGGCUGCCACUGGCACUCGAUUUCAGCGCCAAAUACGGACGGACAGAGUUAGACCUACCGGCAGGGCGAGGGCAUCGACGGCUGGAAGCAUCGGCGCACCAGUCCGUGGGCAUUCAAAGUCGCUCUCGACGUCAAGCAUUGCUAGCAUCGGCUCCGUUGGUUCGAACUAUAGCCCGCGCGACGACGGCCGUCGCCGCCCUGCGCCGUUGGUCAUGGCUACGGACCCCCGUUCGAGACUCUCGUUGGACUCGUAUCGGAGCGGUGCCGACAGCCAAUACUCGUACCGGGCGGUCUCUCCGAGCGAUUUCAGCACACCCACCUCGGCCACGUUCUCGACCGGCCCCGGCAGUCCGCGAUGGGCUUCUGGCAUGGCUUCGCCAACCUCUUCGCACUCUAGAUCUCAGAGCAUGUACACUACCGGCACGAGGACUCCUGGCCGCAGGUUGAGUGUACCGUCUGGUGUCAACCCGUUCCAGGCCUCGCCAGCUGGUGCGCUGGGCCGACCUCUCUUCGGCCCAGGCCCUAUCAACUCAUCCAAUGCGGGCGUCUUCUCCUCGCCCAAUGGCAGCCUCUUGUCGUCACCGACCGGAUCGACCUUUUCUCGCAGGGAGUCCAUGUCUAGCGCAGCUGAUGAGGCAUGGCGUCGGCGAACCUGGCACCCCGAGAGCCGAGACUUCAAUGCUCCCGGCAGCCGCCUGAGCAACGUCAUCACGCCGUCGCAGUUCGAGACGUCUGCUGCACCGCUCCCCAUCGCCAACCCUGCCACCCAGCAAACCAACCUCCGCCUGCCGGGCAUCGAGACCUUCUUGGGGGCCGCCGCCGCCCGCCGCCCCGCGAGCCCGCCGCGGAGGGUCCCUUCGCCGAUGAUGAUCGACUCGGAUGUGCCUCAGUACUCUAGCGCCCCGAUGCCAGCUCCGAUGGACCACUCGGAAGACAGGCGUCAUACUUCACAAUGGGAGACGGUUCAUCAUGGCCUGAACAGGCUUGACAUCGCUUCCAACACGACCCCACCUCGCGACAGCGCCGGGGCGUGGGCUAGCGAGGCCAACCGCGCUGUACAGGCCCAGGCGGAGCAGGCGCGCGGCCAGCCGACGGUGCGCUUCGAGCCGCAGGCCCAGGUCGUCCAGAUCCCUGCCACCUCGGGCGCAGACAUGGGCCCGGGCCUGGUGCGCGGCCACCACCACACCCUCUCGGCGCCGGUGUCUAUGGGCAGCAGCACGUCGCGCGACAGCUCCAAGCGGCACGCGUGGUACCACGGCCCGGCUGUGACGGUGCACGAACAUCAGCAGCAGCAGGGAGGCGACCGCGUCGACCGCGUCGACCGCAUGGUGCACCCCAACGUCAGCGCGUUCACCGGGUUCCCGUCCUCGCGCGUGCCGCAGACGGUGCACGAGCAGCAGCCGCUUCCCACGACGGCGGGGCCGGCGGGCGGACCUCCUGCUGAACAGCCUGAUUCGAUGCGCCGGCUCGAGGCGCUGGUUGCUGUUGCUACGAGCGAGGGGAGCACUGCUAAGGCGUAUUAG